GACGUACAAGUGGAAGGUAUUGGGGUUGAGUUCCCGGUUGUUAAAGCUUCGUUAGCUUCCGUUCGUGUGAAUUUUUAUGCAAUUAUGCUGACGUAAUGAUUCUCAUUAUAUGUACGUGCAUAAGUUAUGAAGACAUUCUCCGCAUCAAUGUUAUCAUUUGUCAACCACCAACUUUCAAGCCAUUGGAAGUUCGGACGAACGCGCUCUGGAGUAUGUUGAAAGCGGUUACGCCCAGGCCGUGGGUAUGUUCUCGGUGUGUCAAAAGGCAGAUCCAAUCAAGUCGAGGGCUUGCGACUGCUUCUACACAAUAUCGCGAGCCUCGACCUGUUCCAGCAGACCAUUCUGCUCCAGGCGCCAAACAUGACGAUAGAACGUUAAGGCAGAUAUUUGAUUCUCCAGAUUUCUGGGCGGAAUUCUCUCAAUCUUCAAAGCAAAGUUACUAUAGGCCAGCUGUUGGACUUUUCCAGAAUCGAUACCUUGUCAACCCCCAAGGAUUUGAGAUAUUUGCGAACACGAGUCUGCGAAAGGCACAAAGGAUAGUGGACAAGGUUCUGAAGGCCUCGACAGUAGAAGAGUACAGACACGUUGCUAGAGACUUAGAUCGUCUCAGUGAUCUGUUAUGUAGGGUCAUUGAUUUGUCAGAUUUCGUUCGAGCCACACAUCCGAAUGCAGCCAUACAAGCAGCUGCGUCGAGAGCAUACGCAAAAAUGUUUGAGUAUAUGAAUAUUCUGAAUACAACUACUGGACUGGAUAAACAACUCGAAGUAGCCAUAGGAACGCCGGAGAUCGUGGCAAAAUGGACAGAGGAGGAAGUGGUAGUCGCAGACAUUCUAAAAAAAGAUUUUGCAAAAUCUGCCAUUGAUCUGCCUCGUGCCCAGCGAGAGAAGUUUGUUGCUCUUUCGCAGGAAAUCAGUGAAAUUGGUCCUGACUUCGUUGAUUAUAUGACACCCGCGAAACCCUACUUAACCUUUGAGAGUAGUAAGCUGAAAGGCAUGGAUCCAGUCCUUGUGAGGGAGCAUACGACAUGGGGACAGACUAAAAUACCAACCAUUGGAGGUGCAGCUGCAGCAGCUAUUAGAACAGUUCAAAGUGAAGAAGUUAGAAAAGAGAUUUUUAUGGCCACCCGCACAGCUUCAAGAAAUACAAUCCAUAAACUGGAGGAACUGAUGCGCAAAAGGGCGGAGCUGGCCAAACUCUCAAGGUACGAAAGCUACUCCCAUCUAGCCUUAGGAGACAAGAUGGCCAAAAGUCCAGCAUCCGUAUCACAUUUCUUGGAGGCAUUAGCAAAGGAUAACAAUAAGAUUGUUCAAGGAGAAGUUUCCGAGCUCCUCAAAUUUAAAUCUUCGAAUCCUAAUGCAUCGUCCUCCGGCUUACAGCCAUGGGAUAGAGAUUAUUACAUGUCACGAAUUUUGGCUUCUGUUCGUUCGCACUCUCGCAAUUCGGAUUUUCUUUCAGCAUACUUCUCACUGGGUACAGUCAUGCAAGGACUCUCUAGGCUAUUCACACGUCUCUAUGGGGUCAGACUUGCUCCUCACGAGACAAUGCCAGGAGAAACAUGGAACUCAGAUGUUCGAAGAUUAGAUGUAAUCUCUGAAACGGAUGGCCAUGUUGCUGUACUCUAUUGUGAUCUAUUUUCUCGUCCCGGAAAGUCUCCAAAUCCUGCGCACUUUACGCUUCGCUGUUCUCGAGAGAUUACAACGGCAGAACUCGAAGAAGCCUCGAUGUUAUCUCAAAAUGGUCUUUUCAAGACUGAUGAAGAAGCUGCCAACGAUGGUAUGGCUACUUCAAAAUCCUCGGGAGUCCUCAAGCAGUUGCCAACCAUAGCUCUAAUAUGUGAUUUCGUCACAAUGUCUGGAAAGUCUUCCCGCCCUGCACUUCUCAGUUUCAGUGAAGUACAAACACUUUUCCAUGAAAUGGGACAUGCCAUUCAUUCGAUUCUUGGGCGGACAUCGCUUCAGAAUGUUUCCGGUACUCGUUGUGCUACAGACUUCGCAGAAUUGCCUUCCGUACUUAUGGAACACUUCGCUGCAGAUCCCUCUGUACUUUCUUUAUUUGCGCGCCAUUAUGAAACUGAUCAACAGUUACCGUAUGAGAUGGUGGCCGAGAAACUAGCAUUAGACAAACGUUUCGAAGGAUCUGAUACAGAAAAUCAGAUAAUCCUUUCCAUGCUUGACUUAGCUUAUCAUUCUGAUCUUCCCCUAUCUCCAACUUUCAGCUCUACAGAAAUAUAUCAUUCUCUACAGCAAAAACAUGGUGCUCUGCCAGUUGAUCCUCCCGGAACUUGUUGGCAAGGAUUCUUCGGGCACUUAUUUGGAUACGGUAGUACUUACUAUAGUUACCUUUUCGACCGAGUCCUAGCUAGGAGAAUUUGGCAAGUGGUAUUCCAAGGUGGGGAAGCCGGUGGUAGCAUUCACAGAGGCAAUGGUGAGAAGAUGAAAGAAGAAGUUCUGAAAUGGGGCGGCGGUAGAGAUCCAUGGAAAUGUUUGGCCGGCGUCCUUGAUGAUGGACGGGUGGAAAAUGGAGACGAGAAGGCAAUGGCUAUCGUGGGUAGCUGGGGAGUGAAGGAAUAGAAUGGAAUGUGCACUUGUUGCCAUAAACGUUGAGACUUACCUUGUUUCUAUAAUUACCCUCAAUGGAAUACGUAAUGUGAUUCAAAAUCAAUUCGCUCGU